CGCUAAAGUUACUGAAAUAUUCCGAGAUGGAUUCCCUACCUCACUACGCCUACAAGCCUCAAACGGUGUAUACUCCGCACAGCUGAAAAAACAACACUGAAAUAUUGCCAAUUAAUUAGGUAAAGGGGUGAAAGAUGGAAAUUGGCAGUGGCAGUAGCAGCAGCAAAGUGAUACCGGAAUCAAUAAUUGGGGCGUUGAAGCGAACAUCCAACAACAUUGAUGAUGUAAAAGAGAAUUUGGAGGAGUUUUUGUCUUACUGUACCCAUGAAACCCUUUCAAGAAUGGAGCCUUUAGAAAGAGCCCAAGUCCUUCUCUUGCUAGCCAAAGCCACAACUACUCUCUUUGCUUUGAGGCUAAGAUGCAAGGGUGUGAAUCCAGAUGAUCAUCCUGUCAGAAAGGAGUUUGAAAGAUUGAGCUUGUACCAAGAAAAACUGCAACAGUGCAUGGACUUGAACAAAGCACCAUUGCGUCCGUCAGUCACCAUUAAUCCUAAGGCGGCAGCCCGUUUUAUCGAGCAUUCCCUACCUGAUCUUUCAUCUGAGCAGAGGCAAAGCAUGCGGAAAAUUAGUCAAGGGGUAGAUCAAAGGAUCAACUAUUUGGACAAAAAUCUACAGAAGAAGAGAAAAUUCCAAUCGUCUGAGAGGCAAUCGGUUCGUACUGCGGCUCAGGAGUUUCUUGAGAAAGCAGCUCGUGAGCUACUCGGGAAUAGUAAAAAUGGUGUAAAAGGACCUUUUCAACCUGAGGAUUCGGAUGAUGAUGUCAUAAUUCUGGACUAAUUCUCUGGUUAAGCGUGGAACAUAUGAAAGAGCCUGCUGAUUAAACUUUUCAGGACGAGAAAAUAAUUUUGCUUGGACUGACUUACAACAUAAUGUGGCUUCCUUUCCUGUUGCCGUUUGCUCUAGAUUUUUCCAACAAAUACUCGUCUCCGAGUAUGCCUCUUAAUUGCCUCUGUCUAGAACGAGGUUAAAAUGCUCUAUCUAGGAUCGAACUUUGUAUUGUUUUCUAUGUUGUCGUUUUCCUUAGCAGUAGCUUUUUUCAGGAUCGGUUUCUUUGUGCAAGUUUCAUUUCUGAUUUGGUUAUAUAAUGCAUUUUGGAUGUACGAUUUUUUGCUCUUGGGCAUUAAGCGUGAUCUUAUAUAUUUGAACUUGGAUAUAAUUCGUGUGAAUAAAUAGUUAUAUUCUGC